AGGCAUCUUUGGACAUGAACCGCAAGCUUGGUUAUGCUCUAAGUAUGAGCCUCAAACCUAUAUGGAUACAUCAACUAAAAGCAAAGAGUCCAUUGAGCUUUAGGUUAUCUUCGUGCUGGAGCUUUCCGCAUCGGAUGGUUGUGGCUUGGAUAGGGGUUUGCCUGUGCUUUUCGUUCAAGGAGGGCAUCUGGUGGGUCUUCUUGCAGCUCUGGACAAAAACCUUAUGCUUGGUUAGGAGUUUGAACCUCAAAUCUAAUAGGAAUAGAACAACUAAAGGCGGAGCCCAUUCAUCUUUAGGCUUUCAGCAAUGGAAUAGUGACUGCAUGAGAAGCUCCAGAACUUGCACACUGUUAUUUAACACGGUUGCAGUUUCUCUGAAUCUGACAAGGUAGACUAUAUAAUGAGCCCCUCUUUCUAAUUCCUUCCUUACUCUCGAAUUAAAUUUUUGUCCUCCUUUAGAGUAGUAUGAUCAGUGCAAAAAAUACAAGUGUGAUUAAAUUAUGGUGCGGAUUGUAAGUUCAUAACAGAAAUAUGUGACUAGAGUAUAUAGGUAGCAUGAUUGGAGUAUAUAUUUACUCAAGGAAUCCUUCAAAAAAUUAGAGAUCAAGCCUUAAUGUUUCUACGAAACCUGAGCUACACGCUUUGCAUAGACCUUUGUAGUGUAAUACCCCAAAUUUACGAAAUAAAUAUUUGUGCUUUAUUGAAAUGCAAGUAAGAUAUUGAUAGAAGCUAAGACAGGUUGAGAUACCCUUGGUUAUUUAGAUUUUACGGGAACAUGCGCCCCAAAUGAUUUCAGUACCCUUGGUCUGCCAGGUAACCCAAGUUAAUUCAGAUGAUUUCUUCUACUUGUAACAUUUUCUCAUGGAUAUAGUGUAUGUCACAUUAUUCCGAAGUUAGACUAUAUAUGUACUUAUUCUAUAAAUUUUGACAACUAAUGUUAUAAUUUUGACAUGUCUGUUUAAUUUACAUGAAACCGUAUAUUUUAUAAUUUGAUUGCCAACAUGUAUGACAGCAUGAGUUGAUUCCACAUAAUAGUUCUAAGAUUCUAGCUUUCAUAUAAUUUAUACUCUCAUGUAUGGCUGACUUUAUUUCAAACUGUAGUAGAUCUAUCUAUUACAGCUGGUUGUUUGACGUCAGUUGAAUAAUUAUUUUCAACUUGAAGGUUUUCUUUCAAAAUGUAGUUGAUUUUUCUAGGUUUUAG